AUGCGUUCGUUUAUCUGGCUGAGUGCACUUAUCGGGCUUGCCAUCGCGGCACCCGGGGCUUCUAUUCCGGAGGAGAACGACAAGCGGGAAUGGCUUGAUGGCUACGGCCGUGGCGGUGGAGACGGCUACGGCGGCGGUGAUGGUUACGGACUGGCUAAGCGAGAGUGGAUGGACGGCUAUGGUCGUGGUGGUGGUGAUGGAUAUGGCGGUGGUGAUGGUUACGGUCUAGCUAAGCGGGAAUGGCUCGACGGUUACGGCCGUGGCGGUGGUGAUGGAUAUGGUGGAGGCGAUGGCUACGGCAGAGCUAAGCGGGAAUGGCUCGACGGCUAUGGUCGUGGCGGUGGAGACGGCUACGGCGGCGGUGAUGGUUACGGUCUAGUAGGUGGCUAUCCAGCCCAUGAAAAGAAGCGAGUACUUACAAUUUACCAGGCUAAGCGAGAGUGGCUUGACGGCUACGGUCGUGGCGGCGGCGGCGAUGGAUAUGGUCGUGGUGGUGACGGAUAUGGUCGUGGAGGUGGCUUUUGGAAGGCGUAG